AUGAGGAGAUUUGUCUCGUCGCUCCCCCACUCCGCCACUGCCAGUAGAAACCAGGGAUUCAUCGACCAGCUAUCGUCCACUAGGAGCGCGAUCGAAGUCAGGCGCAUUCAUGACAGGAUUAGGCAGGAGUUUGAUCUUUCGGCGGACAAAGUACUGGCAGAACGCCUCGUUCUUGGUUAUGGCAGGCACGGAAGCAUCCAAUGCGCUCGCAGAGUGUUUGAUGGGAUUAGAGAGCCCACCUCGAUCUCGUACAACAUCAUGUUUAAUGCCUAUGCCCAGAACGGGUACCAUGCUGACGCCGAGAGAUUCUUUGAGACGAUGCCGGUGCGUGAUGCCGUCGGCUGGACGAUUAUGCUGUCCAUGUCGUCUAAGGCGGGUGAUGUUGAGAAGGCUAAGAAGAUCUUCUAUAGAAUGCCUCACAGAAGCGUGAUUCCAUGGAACAGCCUUAUCUCAGCACAUACCCAAGCCGGGCAUUUUGCCACUGCGAAGAAACUCUUUGAUCUGAUGCCCGAGCGGACACUCGUGUCGUGGAACGCUGUUCUUCACGUUCUUGCGCAGUGCAAGACCACGCAGGUGGCGAAGAAAACGUUUGAUUCCAUGCCCGAGAGAAACAUCGUAUCGUGGAGCACGCUUGUGCUGGUAUUUGCCGAGUCUGGAGAUCUGGACGAGGCAACGGCGUUGUUUGAUCGAAUGCCGGAGAGAAACAGCGUGUCUUGGACGACCAUUAUCGAUGCAUUUGGAGAGAGCGAGUGUGUUGCCGAAGCCGAGGGGACUUUCCAUAGCAUGCCUCAGAAGGACGUGGUCGGAUGGAACGCUCUGCUCACGGCGUAUGCCCAAAACGGGCACCUCCACAAGAUCAAGCUCUUGUUCGAGAAAAUCCCGUGCCGCAGCGUCGUGACGCUCACGGCCAUGUUUCAGGCCUUCUCGAACAGCGGCAACAUCGACGAGGCGACACACGUCUUCGAGUCCAUGCCCGAGAAGAAUGUGGUGGCGUGGAACACAAUGGUGGCGGCUUAUGGCGAGAACGGGCAUCUGGAUCGAGCAAAAGUCACAUUUGAGAGCAUCCGAGAGAGGACCGUCGUGUCUUGGACGGCGCUUCUCUCCGCCUACAGCCAAAACACGAGCGUGGAGGAGGUGAGAGCCAUCUUCGAGCUCAUGCCGCAACACAGCAUCAUCUCCUGGAACACGUUGAUCACGACUUACUGCCAAGGCGCCGGGGGCAGCGAGAUUCAUCUCCGAGAGGCCGAGAUCUUGUUCGCUACAAUGCCGUGUUGCAACGAGAUAACGUGGAACUCGAUCAUGGUGGCUUACGUCCAGUCCGGCAAGAUUCAAGAGGCUCAGCUCGUCUUCGACCGGAUUCCAAAGUGGACCGUCAUAUCGUGGAACGUUUUGAUGGUCGGCCUGGCCCAGAAAGGCGAGCUCGAUCGAGCAAAGAGACUUUUCGACGCCACCCCGAGGCCAAACGUCGUCUCUCGCAACGCGAUGAUCGCAGCGUAUGCCCAAAACGGGCAUGUCAUCGAGGCCAAGGAGCUCUUCGACGGCAUGAACGAGCGAGAGAGGAAUGUGGUGACUUGGAACGCGAUGGUGGCGGGCUAUGCGCAAAACGACCAGCUCGAGCGAGCGAGCGGGCUCUUUUGUGAGAUGCCCGUGAGGAACAGAAUCUCGUGGAACUGCCUCCUCGCGGCAUUUGCUCACAGCGGCAGCGAGAAGAUCCGGCAGGCCGAGCUCGCGUUCCAGCGGAUGCCACAGUGGGACUCGGUGUCGUGGAACGCGCUAGCGGUCGCUUACGUCCAGGCCGGAUUGAUGGAGAAGGCGAGCAUCACCUUCGAGCUCAUGCCUCGGAAGGAUCUGGUGUCGUGGAACUUGCUCCUGGGAGCGUAUGCCCAGAACGGGUAUAUCACCGAAACGAUCGCGCUCUUUCGAGCUUUGCAAGGUGACGGUGUGAGAGCAGAUGAAUCCCUCCUCACCAGCGUGCUCGCAGCGUACAGUCGCGCCGGGCUGCUCGAGCAGGGCCUCGGUUGCUUUAGAUCCAUCUCCUCCGACUACGAGCUGGCUCCCAGGAUCGAGCACUACUGCUGCAUGAUCGAUCUCCUGGCCCGAGCAGGGGAGCUCGCCAAGGCCGAGGAGCUCAUCCAGACGAUGCCGUUUUCGCCCCAUGGGAUCGCGUGGGGGACGAUCCUUGGAGCUUGCAUGACUCACAGGAAUCUUGACUUGGGAGAGAAGGCCAUGGCGGCAGCUGAGAACUCGUCCUUCUCGUACGUUGGUCUCGUCAAUCUUUUGCGUGAGGAAGGUGGUCGACCGGUUCUUUCGGAAGAACACCCAUGA